CAAUGAAUAGACAUCUACAUUCCCCUACGAUAUUAACGGAAUUCGCUCGCACGUUUGAGGAAGAGCAGGAAACCAUAUUUACGAAACUAGUGAAUAGGCUAACUAACAAUAACCGACCCAGCAAUGAGUCAACACUUCAAGGGACGGUACUGCACGAGGAACCGUCCGGCGGGGAUAGUGAAGCAUCGGGACGAGAUAACCGGACAGCGCAAAUGGACACACUGCCAGCUAGUUCAUCGGCCAUUCGAAAGUCAUCGACGAGCAGUUCGUAUACCGAUGCGGAGUCCACUACAUCAGCUCAGCCGACCUCCGGCGAACGGACCACCACCAGCGUACUUCGGCGAUUAAGCAGCCUAAUUUCCCAGAAACCGAAUACCAAACGAAGCUAUAAAAACACGGAGCUGCAUAAGUUCUGGAUGCCCGACUCUACGUCCAUCGAGUGUUACGAUUGUUCGGUAAAGUUUACCACAUUCCGCCGCAAACACCACUGUCGUUUGUGUGGGCAAAUCUUUUGCACCAAAUGCUGCAACCAGGUGGUGACGGGGAAGAUCAUCAACUGUUCGGAAGAUUUGCGCGUGUGCAACUACUGCUCCAAGGUCGUCUUUACGUACCUAAAAUCGUCCAACAUUUCUGCCGACCUGAAGCCGGACCUGAAGGCCCUGCAGGAAGAUCUAGCACAGAAACUAUCGACGCUGCAGCCGCCGGGAAGUGGUGGGCCAGAGUCGAGCGGCGCUACCGCAGCGUCUAGUGGAAGAAAUCGGAGAAAAAUAUCCGUCGGAUAUCAGGAGGAACGGUUUGCGGCUAGUGCAGGGUCAGGCAUCUCUUCCGCCGAUCGUAAAUCCAUUCUGCAGCAGUCCAACUCCCUCAAAACCUUGUACGAUGAAAUGUGUCGCUCGUUGCCGCUGUACAAUCGAGGGCAUGAGCUUAUCGAUUUUCUGUUCAGCAGACAAAAGUCGUCGAAUAAUAUGCAAGCAAUCGCUAUACUUAAUGCUAUGAUCGAUGCGGGAUUUUUGAUCGCUAUCUAUGAGACCAAGAUCGAAAGCAGUAUCGAUGAAGAGGCAACCCUUGCGCGAGAGAAAACGUUGCCCGAACAAGCCCAUCAACGGCAAGGGGGAAGUAGUGGUGGAUCGGCAGAAGAUGAAGAAGAUGGCAAUACUUCGUCGAUCGAGUUCAGCGAGGAUACGGUCUACAAAUUAGCGGUGCUUCAAGAUCGUCCGGCUGGUGCGCCCGGUUUGGUGGCAGGAGCAGGCGAAGGAGCGUACCAUUUGGAGCUGAAUUUUAAAUCUAGCUCGGUUUUAAUGCGCUCCGGAAACGAGGAUCAAUCGUCGGUUGACAGCGAAGACGGCGCUGGCAGUGGAAUUGGAGGCAGCACCACACUGAGCAGCAUUAUACUGAAAGACUCAGCGAUGGACAGUUCAUACCUAAUAUCGACGGGAGCGAAAGCGUUGCUGAAAGCUUUCUGCGAGCACGAGGAACUGCUCGUUAAUCAACUGUUGCGGGCACAGAACCUCGACCCAUCGUGGAGCAAGACGCUCAUCCCGAUUGUGGCCCGGGUGGCAAACACGAUGCGGCUUGAUGAGGCCUACGGCACGGACGCUAUGGACAUACGGAACUAUGUUUACUUUAAAAAGGUCCCGGGUGGCGAUCGCAGCGAGUCUCAGAUACUGGGUGGGGUGGUAUUUUCCAAAAAUGUGGCCCACAAGGAGAUGUCGCAGAAGGUGGACAAGCCGAAAAUAUUGCUGCUGCAGUGUGCGAUCGCGUACCAGCGGGUGGAAGGAAAGUUUGUCAGCUUCGACACGCUGAUGCUGCAGGAGCGCGACUAUUUGCGGAACAAGGUGUCGAAAAUUAUCAGCCUCGGGCCGAACAUUGUGCUGGUGCACAAGAACGUGGCCGGCAUUGCGCAGGACAUGUUGCGCAACAAGGGCAUUACGCUGGUGCUGGACGUGAAGCUGUGCGUACUGGAACGGAUUGCGCGUUUUCUUGAUUGUGAUAUUAUCAGCUGUAUCGAUUCUAACGUUGGACAGCCAAAGCUGGGCAUAUGCGAUCGAUUCAGGAUUCAGACAUUUUACGACGAUCAAGGAUCUUCCAAAACUUUGAUGUGCCUAGAAAAGCAGCACAGCCCAAGAGGUUGCUGUGUUCUGCUGCGGGGAGCGAAACGAAGCGAACUGGCAAAAAUUAAAAAGAUAGCAUCACUCCUGCUUCUGGCGCGACAUAACUGGCGCUUCGAGCUGUCGUAUCUAUGCGAUGUGUACGCGAUGCCACCAACGCCACGGGCAAGUAUAUUCGAUUCAAAAGAAUCCAGCCCUUCCGAUCCACCCCCACUGCUCACGAGAAAGUCGGUGGAAGAGCCGUCAAGUGUAUUGAAGGAGAAUCAGACCCCAGCUACGGCUAAAAUGGCCCAAAUCGAACCAACGACAGUCGGCAAAACCAUUCGUACGACCACGGGCAGUGCGACCAAUCGAGAAAACGUUGGAGACUGGACUGAUCCCUUGCGAUCGGGAGCCCUUGGUCCCUCGGAGGACGGUGCGGGCCCGGAUGACGAUGAAGAUGACACAUCAUUUGAGCUAGCGGCGGAAACACCGCACGAUAACCGGUUCCGAUCCGCUCUUAGUUCGACAAUUUUAUCCAUCAGUCCGUUUGUGGCCUUUCCCCUGCCGUACCUCGAAACGGACAGUGGCCGCAAGUGUGCCCUGCGGUGCUACUUUCCCGAUGAGCUCUACUAUUCGAAGCAGUGGAGUAAUGGAGGAACGUUGGGUUUGGCGGGAGAGAAGUUUUCCGCAGCAAUGGCAGAAAAUGCUGGUGGCGCGGGAGGCAAUGCUUCAACGGACGAGGAGGAAAAACAACUAUUGCCCGUGCAUCCUUUUGUUACGCAUAAAAUAACCACUUCGGUGGAGAGUAAGGAGAUGCAGACGAUUCUCGCCAGUUUUCGUGCAAACGGUGGGCGGUAUCCAAAAGUUUCCAUGAUGAAAAAAACUUCAACUCGUAAACGACGCCUUACCACGAUAGCACAACGAUCCCUCGAAGAGUUUGUGUAUCGUGACGCAUUGGACAUCGAAAACCAUCAACGCUUGCCGGUGCUUUUCUGCAGCUUCAAUUAUAACGAAAAUGUCCCGUCGACCUUCUGUGCGCAACCAUCCUACCUGGAUAUGCAAUUCUACGGCCAAAACGACAUCAUGCUUGGGCUGUUCCUCGAGCACUAUUGCUUCCGCAGCUCUUACAUUUGCAAAUCGUGCAACCUUCCCAUGAUGGAUCACGUGCGACGUUACGUUCACUCCGGCGGCUGCAUUCAAGUGAAGCUGGUCGAGGAUGUGACCAAAAUGGACACCGGCACGAUAUUGAUAUCGUCACGAUGUACAAUCUGCAACGAAUACUCGAAACCGGCCCCAAUGUCCCAAGACACGUGGUGUUAUUCGUUUGCCAAAUUUCUCGAACUUCGCUUCCACGGACACGCCUACAAGAAGCGGAACUGUGAGGGAAUCAUGGAUCAGUCGGACGGCGGUGAAGAAGGAGGGGGAGGAAUGGUCUGUCGACACUCGUUGCAUCGCGAUUUUGAGCAAAACUUUUCAUACAAAGGCAUCGUAGCCAGCUUCCGAUAUACGGCGAUCGAUGUGUGGGAGAUAGUGCUACCGGCCAUGUCCAUCUCGCUGGUCAUCCCCGCUACCGGUGUCAGCCAGCGCACAAUUACCGAUCAGCGCACGGAAGAAAUGAAAACGCUCGCCGUCAUGGGAUACGAUGUGUUUGUGAAAAUACUGGAGAAACUUGCUGAACUGUCGGUGGAUACGGAUACGUUUGCCAAGUUGAAGAAGAAGGCCAAUCAGGACCAGGUUGCUUUUAAGCAGCGCAUCGAAAAGGUGCAGAAGCUGCUGACUGAAGACGUGCUGUCGGUCGAACUGAUCGACGAUGCAAUCGUAACGUUGAAGCACAGUUUAGCCGAAGCAAUCGAGGAAUGGGAACCGAAGCUGCACGACAUAAUAAACCAGACAAAGAGUGCUCAAGCUUCCAAACCGAGCGCGGUAGUUGAUGCUGGCAAUGGAAAUGCAGGAACUGUAAUCGAUAGCGGAACGAUCGCGACUGAAGAGUUGGACCUAUCCCGAUCGACUGAUAACCCGGACGCGUUUGAAUCUUCUAAGGAUCCGAUCGAGACGGAGCCAAUUGAAAGCACGUCAGCUGGUACCGGUGGAAAGCUCGAACAAGAUGCAAUGUCUGUCGAUGCAGAGGACGACAAGAUAGUUAGCAAUGCAAGUGAAGAAAAACAACCAGCAAGGGAGAGCUUAAAUGAGAAGAAAACGGUAAAAACGAUUCUGAGCCAGCUGCUUUCAACGAACGAUUAUUCCCACAUCCUGAGUUCGCCGUUACCGCCCCACGAACAUCACGGUCUGAAGGCUGGCCUGUUUCCGAUCGUUGUGAACGAACAAGAUUUAGGCUCGUGCAUUGCGUACAGCCUGAUGUCGCAGGAGUAUCGCAAAAUGCUCGAUAGUAUGCUAAGUGGAGGGACCGGCGGUGUCAUCACGAUAGGAGCGUCCGAAAACAGUCCAAAUAUGAAGCGAAAAUCGACUUCGGUCAGCUCAACAACGGAUGCAGAAGACUCUCCUGCAGCAGCUAGCAAGAACGAGCAAGAUAAGAAGCAUAAAAAUGCCUCUCACAGUGAAAUUCAUUUCCAGGAUGCGAACUGUAACUUUGUAUGCCGAAUCUACUUUGCAAAGGAGUUUGAUUUGCUACGAUGCCAGAUUUUAAAACGCCCGGCCGCGACUGGAACGACGCAUCGCGGCUCUGGAACGGUAGGCAACACUGCUGGGACCGUUGCCGGUGGCAAUGGAGGCAACGGUCCCGGUGGGGACGCGAACGAAACGUCGCAGGAGGUUAUGGAAACGGUGCGCAAAAUGUUCGCCCGUUCGCUCAGUAAAAGCGUGCGCUGGGAAGCGCGUGGUGGCAAGAGCGGCUCCAAGUUUAGCAAAACGGUCGAUGACCGGUUUGUUUUGAAAGAGAUGUCACGGACCGAUUUGACCAUAUUUGAAAACUUUGCUCCGAACUAUUUCGAGUACUUACAGCGUUGCAUGAAGCAAAAGCACAUUACGCUGCUAGCGAAAAUAUUCGGUGUGUUUAAAAUUACCAUCAAACGGAAGGACAACACGACUGUGGAAAGCGCUGUACUGGUCAUGGAGAAUCUUUUCUGUGGGAAAGAUAUCAAGGAAAAAUAUGACCUCAAAGGUUCGGACCGUAACCGUUUGGUAGAUCCGAAUCGGCAAACAGGCACGGAACGAGUGCUGAUGGACGAAAACUUCAUACAAAUGUCCUGGACAAAUCCCCUGUACAUUUUGUCGCACAGUAAGACGGUGUUGAAGGAAGCAAUUACCCGCGAUGCCUGUUUUCUGGAACGCAACGAAGUUAUGGACUACUCGCUGCUGGUUGGAUUGGAAAGUUCUGAAAAGAAUCUCGUGAUUGGCAUAAUCGAUUAUAUUCGAACGUAUACGCUGGAUAAAAAAUUUGAGUCGAUGAUCAAGCAGUCGGGUUUGAUGGGCGGCCAUGGAAAGCUACCCACCGUCGUUUCACCCAAGAUGUACAAAUCUCGAUUCAUUGUCGCGAUGGAAAGAUACUUUUUAUGCGUACCGGAUCGUUGGGAAGGAUUGUCUAAAAAAUAAAGCUAGGAUCAUGCAGCCGGGUAACAA